AUGGCCGAUGGAAGGUGCUUCUGGAGCUGCGUGAUAUCUUACAAAUGGAGUCAGAUUUUCAGCCGCUUCGAAGCGUACGAGAUGCCGCCAGAAGCGGACAUCAAGUCUGUUCUUGAGCUCUAUAAGCUCAAACUUCAGGUUGUAAAGGCACGCUUUCCUGAUCUACUCAGCGUUGAGAACGAUGGAGCUACAUACACCUACAAGAACCUGUUCAAAAUCAAGUUCAAUGUGCCGGGUGAUGUGACUUCUUUGCACAUGAGUGCUACCAUUGCAGAUGCCUACAUGCGUGCCGAACAGCGUGAGUUUGGCAAGAUGGAAGGUUUGAAAAAGAUUCUCAUGAAAGAUCUAUGUGAAAAAUGCGAGCUUUUUGGUAUCUCCAAGAUGGGUAAUGUGCCUGAGCUGCGAGACCGUCUCUUUCUACAUUUCCUGCAGAAUGCUACAGAAGAGAACCUGUUGGGAUUACCAGCUUAUCAAGCCGAAGCAGAUGCUCUCCCUCAUGAGUCUGAUGGUGCAGCUGGCAUUGAAGACUCAGGGAAAGAUGCACAUGUGCCUCUUAGUGAGACCAAAGAAGAUGCAGCCGUCCCUGAAGCACCAGAGAAAGCUCUUUCUGGAAAGCCAGAGACACCGCGUGGAUCCGGAUUUCCGAUCAGCCCUGAGACCGAUAUGUUGUUUGAUACGCUCCAUGCCGGAGUUGUGAUUCAAACUGUGGAGAUAAGGAAUGAUCUGAAGCAACGUGCUAGUGACUUCGGACUGGCAAAGAGUGGUAACACUGAUGCACUCAAGACGCGAAUCAUCGAUCAUUGGCUUAGCUAUAUAAUGUGCACAGAGAGUCAACUCAUCAAGUACAUCAAGGACCAAACUGCUGAUGCGCCUGCCGAUCCAUCUCCAGCAGUUCCUAAUGGUGGAAACCCAGUGAGAAAGGAUACUGAUGCUGCUCCUGGAAAGAGUGCUCCAGAAACUGCGCACGAAGGGAGUGGUGGCGGCAACAAUGCAUCAAGCAGCACGCCCUCUAACUCCUUACUGCUGUUUGGCCGCCGAAGCUUUGCCAUGACCAACGCAGAAGUGCAAGACCAGACUUCCUUCUUUGCUGAUAUUGGUGAAGGCCCGGCUGUGCAGGAUGGAGACACAACAACAUGUAAAGACAUCAUUGAGGAAGCGAAGGAUGGUUUGAUCCCUUUGGCAGCGUGUGUCAAAAUGUCACAAGGCUUUCAAGAGGUGCUGGACGAACAGGUUGCAGUCCUCUUGGCAGGCCCUAUGAAAUUGCCAAAGAAAGCGAAUAUGACAAGGCAGUUUGUGAGCCGCCUGGUGAUGGGGCCUGCCAGCAUGCAUUCCCUGGACUUGAUCAACGAUGAGCUAGACGGUACUGGCUUACAAGUUUGGGGGCUAGUUGUGCAGGAAGAGAGCUUAGUGGAUUUGGAAGCCUUCAAGAAGAGAUUGAAUCUUUCAGCGGACUGCUAUGACGGCAUCAUGAAGCGCGAAGCUCCGCUAGACUUGUCUGCAGGAUCUCAAUGGUUGACAUCAGGGUUUUUGAACUUUGGUAGUGCUGAGGAAGCCUUGCGAGAUGCAAAGGAGAACUCUGAAAAAGGAGAGCAAGCUCGCGCCCGUAUAGAUCAGCAGGUCAUCGCUCAUUGCACUUCCAUUGCCGAGUUGAAAGCUUUGGCAGAGUGUUGGGAAACGCUCACAAGCAAGAUGCUGACUACUGCGCACUUUAUGUCUCAAGAGCCCAUGACUGUCUUUGAGGCUGGAGGAUUUUCGGCCAAUGGCCAACCAGUGGACCAGAUCCAUCACUUGCUGCGGGCUAGGUUGGAGCUGACAGAUGCAGAUGAUGUGCAAUGUCAUGCUGACCUGCGAAAGAGACCACGUGCUUUUGACUGCAAUUUCUUGCAAGCAAACACUGGGAUCCAAGGAUACUCCGACCUUCCAAUUGGCGCGAACGGACAGCCAGAACGACCAAAAGCGUUCAACCAGGAUACUCUUCUUGAGAGAACGCUUCUCGCCUGGCAAUCCAUGCCUCGCAAAGCAUUCAUCGCUGCGUGGACGAUGACAGGGUACUUCUCGAAGGAGCAUUUCCCUGAAGGUCUGGGUCUGUCUCAGGAAGAUGCCACAGCUACUCUCGACGCCACAGGAAUGCUAAGGGCCAUUGGAAUACGGGAUGACAACCCUUGCAUGGCAAAGGAUGCAAACAGGUGGUACUGGAGUUUGAGAAUGCCGAACGGCUCCAUUGCAGCCUUACCCACACUGAUUGCCAACGCAGUGGAAGUCGAGGUUUGCAAGCAUAGAAGGGAGCGCAAGGUUUUAUUCUUCAAACAACCUCAUGCUUGGCAAGACAAACUCAAGGCUACCAACGCCAAGAUUAUGACCAUCGUGUACAAUUUGAGACAAGGCCGGCUAGCUACUGCGCAGUUCUUGAAGAGAUGCACGUCACAGGUCAGUGGCAAGCUUGAGUUCCUUUCCAAAGGAAAUGGGCACGAAAUGUUGCGCAUCCAUUUCCAGCUCCGGGAGGUGGGCGGAGACCCAACGGGGCCUGGGGCCUAUUAUCUCCCGAGCAAGAACUUCGAACAACGAGAGAUUUGCUGCGUGUCAACCAAUGCUGAGAGAAACGGCUUCGACAUUCUCCGAGAAGCUUACGCAGGCCGAGUGUCGGCUCAUAUUUCCGUGUGUCCUAUAUCUUUUUUUUCAGAUAGCAUAUGA